AUGGCGUCUCUCCCCCAGCAGCGCCCCGCGUCGCAGCGCAGAGCAUCUCCGCCGGCCGAAGCAUCUUCGUCACAGCAAGAAGAUGUCACGCGCAGCAGCAGUUUCUCUGCCGCGUCAGUCGACUCCCAGACACUCCUUUUGAACUCGCCGCAAGCGCACACCGACGGCGAGCAGGCAGAAGCACCGCGACAGAGCACCACGACUGCGCCGCAGCAACAGGAAGACGAGGAGCCGCGCAGGUGCUGGAUUUGCUUCAAUGACGAGACAGAGGACGAUGGCACAACUUCAGAGUGGAGGAGCCCGUGUACGUGCUCGCUGGUUGCGCACGAGAGGUGUUUGUUGGACUGGAUAGCGGAUAUGGAGGCACCGACAGCAGGGCGACGAGCAGGGCGCAAGAAGGGCAAGAUCCUGUGUCCGCAGUGCAAAACAGAAAUCCGAGUCGAGCGACCGCGCAGUGUUAUUGUGGACUCGGUGCGCGUGGUAGAGAAGUUGGCUGGCACGCUGCUGUUGCCUGGGUUCGCCUUCGUCACGGGUACAGCGCUGUACUCGACACUGGCACUUGCGGGAACACAAACGGUAUAUGCUAUCUUCGGGACACAGGACGCUGUGCAGAUACUGCAGCCGCUGUAUCAGGCGCCGACAGACCUGCCGUCAUCGCUGGCGAUACGACUGGUCGACCACCUGCGCCACCACUGGAGACUCGACAUUGGCUUACCGCUGAUACCGGCCGUCCUCGUCGCAAGCAGGACCACAAUGGCCGACUCGUUCCUCCCGUUCCUUCCACUCAUCUUCUUCGUCAGCUCAGGCCAGCCGGGUGACGAGAUGCUGCAGCUGCAGUGGCCUCCGAGCGCUGCGUUCUCCUUCGCUGCUCUUCCCUAUCUUCGAGGCUUCUACAAUGCAUACUACGACCGCGUGUGGGCCCCACGGGAACAGCGAUGGCUGAAGGAGAUUCAACCUCGGGCUGGCACCGAGGACGCUGCGCAGGAAGGCGGCCUAGAGUUCCAGCUUGGCGAGCACGACCAUGACCACGACCAUGACCACGACCAUGACCACGAUCACGAUGUAGACGAAGUCCUGGAGGUGGAAGUAGACUUUGACAUCUUCGGCGACUGGAACAACGGGGCCGCUCACAACCACAACCACGACAUGGUCGAAGCAGCACAGCCGGCCGAGGCCGCACACCCUCUCAACGCACCACCGCUCGACAACGACGAACAGGCACCCCAGGUGCCCGCGCAGGAAGCAGCCCCGGCGCCAAACGUCCCCGCGCAGCCCCGGCGCCAGCGCGUCCGUCGCGAGCACAACAUUGCAUUCUCCACGACGUCGCUCGCAGACACGAUUCUCGGCGCCCUUGUGUUCCCCUCGAUAGCCGCGGCCAUGGGCGAGCUCCUCCGGGUUUCACUGGCUACAGCCUGGGUCACGCCGCCUAAAGGGGUGACGACGACGUCCUGGCUCGGGGGAUGGUUAGGCGCAGGAGCGAUGCAGGGCGGCAAGGGCCGGCCCACGGGCUUCUUGCAGACGAGGUGGGGACGGAGCUUGGUGGGAGGGUGUCUGUUUGUGGGGAUCAAGGACGCGGUUAUGCUGUAUGUGCGGUGGAAGAUGGCGCAGAAUCACAGACGGAGGAAGGUGCUGGACUAUGAGGACGCGAAGAAGGGGAGGGGGAGUGCGCGGGCUUGA